ACAAAUUAUGCCAAACCAUUUAUUCAGAACUCACCCCAGAACUUAUGGAAAGGAUUCAAGAGAAUGCAGAGUUUGCGCUGCCAGAUAAGGUUUGAUUAGAAAAUAUGGUAUGAAUGUGUGCAGAAGAUGUUUCAGAGAGAAUUAUGAAUUGAUAGGCUUUCACAAGUACAAUUGACGUGUUUUUGAUAUAAUAAUUACAAUAUUAAAUCGAUCAUCUAAAUUAACCUCAUC